AUGGCUGCUCCCGCCGCUCCGAAUGCUGCCAACCCUGCGCCCGCACCGUUCGAGCACAAGCUCGUCAAGUUCGACCUCGAGGGACACUUCCACUACACCUUCACUCUCGACCUCGAGCUCGACUUGACGGACCCGAAGCUGGACAAGAAGUUCAAGCUAGAAGGAGUGCCGCUCGCUGGGGAAUGGACGUGCACGUGCAGGGUGGCGGGCGAAGACGUGGUCUUUGACGUGCUGCACGGCACUCUGCCUGUCGCUUUCUUCGGCAAACAUGCGGAGAUCGUGCUGAAGUUUCACUGGCGGGAUGGAUGCACUUCGAACUUAGUGGUCUUGUCGUGCUUCGAGGAUGGGCCUAUGCCGGCGGCGAAUCCCCAACAGCCAGGGAAGGGCUACGGCGGGUUUCGCAUCAAAGUGCAGCCUCACAUCUUCAAGACGGCAGCUACGUCAUCUUCUGGAAGCUUCGACGUCAAGACGCACCGUUCAUACCGCCUUGCCAUGGCGAUCCACUCCCGCGGUCUUGAACCUACGCCAGAAGCAGGGAUGCUGAUCAAGCGGAUGCCUGGACUUGACCUUGCUGCUACUCCGCACGACGUCCGACUCUUCUUCCCUAAGCUCGAGAUUGAAUUGUGGUCGGAGUCGUCCAUUCUCAGCCGCUCCUCUUCCUACUUCAAGACGCUCUUCGCUUCUGGCUUUGACGAGAACAAGAUGAUUUGCUCGGGAGUGCACAGCUCAAUCAGUUCAGCUGCGUCCCCCCACGUCGACGCGCACGCCUUCGAGGAUUCGGACAGCGAGACAGACGAGCUCUUCAUCAAGAAACAUCCAAUCCGACAGCAGUCUGGGGGAGUACGCCUCGCUCACAAGCAGGUCAAUAUCACGAGUACAGCCUUCACAACCUACCGAGCUGUCCUCGCCUACCUUCGAACCGGCUACAUCGCCUUUGCGCCGCUCUCCUCGACUUUCCCUUUCGAACGGAGUGCUUUCGCGCCAAGUCGCAUCUCGGAGGUCACUGCCGCCGUCUCUUCGAACCCUUCUCUUCCUUACCCCGCCUCGCCCAAGUCGACUUUCCGACUCGCUCACCUCCUCGAGCUCGACGACCUGCAGAAACUUUGCCUCGCCAACCUUGCAAAGCAGCUCACUGUCGACUGCGCGGCCGUCGAACUCUUCUCCGAGACUUCGGUCUGCUACGACGACUGGCGAAAGGUUGUACUCGACUUUGUCGCCGACAACUGCGACGCCGUCACAGCCUCGAGCGCAUGGGCGGAGGUGACCGACAAGGUCAAGCGGGAUGAGAUCCGUGGCUCAGGCCCGAUCAUGCUCGAGUUGUUUGAGCGCAAGGUGCCGAAGACCGCUCAUUCCUGCAUUGCGACGUAG